UCUUUUUGCAUGUUGUUUUUGUCGGCUAAAAAUAGAACACAGUUCAUGCAAUUGCACUGCAUGAGCAAAUAAUGUGUACACACGUUCAGUAUAACGCUCUUAAAUUGCACUUUUUUUUUUUUUUUUUUUUUACUGUGGGGAAUGGAGGCUAUUGCGGAUUAAAUGAAUAAUGCGAGCGUCACCUCUGAGCUGCCAUUUGGCGUUUCUAACUGUCCGCGUGCACUGUCCAGCACCACAUUUUUGAUUAUGAUUCUUGUCACCAGCUGGACAUAGAGCAUUAGCCACAGUCCAGGGAUUAGCUGUUCAUGACACAAAGAAUCACACAGACGAGAAUAUGACGCCAAGAUGUAACAUCAGUAGUGUUUGUUAAUUAUUUAGCUCAUCAUUAACCUGAAACUUUUACGCGCAUCUUUCCAAUGGAUGCACGUUGCCAAAAAGGUCAAGUCGUUUGUGAUAAAGCACAUUUCGGAGGCAAUGACGUUCAUCUUGACGGCAUGAACACAUCGGUGCACGGAUAUGUCUCGUUUUUGUACUUGAGCUUGUUUGGUGAAGUUGCGUUUACCCACCGGAAAGCAUGCGCUCUACAAAUAUGACGAUUUUCUAGGCCUGACUCCUUCUUUUGUGAAAGUAGUUUUGGAUCAAAGAUGCAUGUUUUUUUAAUGACAGUCUGCUAUAAGUAAACACCUUUUAAUCUGACCUCUGGACGUUGUUGUGGAUUGUGUUGCUAUUUAAUGCAAUGGGCUGUAUCCAGAGUAUCAGGUGUAAGCCCAAGAGUUUCCGAGACAGUAUCAUCGUCCUGGAGGUGAACAGUUCCAUCGACCCCAACCCCACCAGCAUCGACGAGUCAUCCAGCGUGGUCCUGCGCUACCGGACACCGCACUUCCGAGCUUGUGCCCGUGUAUUGGUACCGCCAGUGGCCGGUAAAGAGACGUGGACCAUCGGCUGGAUUCAAGCUUGUAAUCACAUGGAGUUCUACAAUACUUAUGGAAACAAAGGGAUGUCAAGUUGGGAGCUCCCCGACCUGCGGGAUGGCAAGAUCCAGGCCAUCAGUGAUUCGGAUGGGGUCAACUACCCGUGGUAUGGCAACACAACGGAGACCUGCACCGUCGUAGGGCCCACCAAGAAGGACAGCAAGUUCACCGUUAGUAUGAAUGACAAUUUCUACCCCAGCGUCACCUGGGGUGUGCCCGUCAGUGACAGCAACGUGCCUCAGCUUAGCAGCAUCCACCGUGACCAGAGCUUUACGACCUGGCUGGUGGCCAUCAACCAGGCCACCUCAGAGACACUUGUCCUGCAGACAAUCCGCUGGAGGAUGCGGCUUCACAUCCACGUGGACCCGGAGAAGCCUCUGGGUCACAGGGCUGUUCUGAAUGAGCCCGUGGCUCAGGAACAACCUCAGAUUCUGGGCAAGAAUGAGUCUAUCCCCACUAAUGCCAUGGUCAAGCCCAACGCCAACGAUGCCCAGGUGCUGAUGUGGCGGCCAAAGAAUGGUGACCCUGUGGUGGUCAUCCCACCCAAACACUGACCAGACUGGCCUUGGAUACCUUAACAGUAUCAUCUCUUAUUUGUUCCCUUUCUUUUUGUUCCUGCUCAUCACCAGCUCUCACUGCUUUAUCCCUUUCCCUCUUUUUGCCUCAAUAUUAUUCUCUUAUGUUAUAAAAAGACAGACAGAGAGAAAAACCAGGCAGAGACGAAUUAAACCAGCUCUGAGAAAAAGGCCAGCUGUUGCUUUGAGCCAGGGGUUUAACACACCUUUAAAACUGGAGUGAACAAACUGCAACCAUUCUACCUUCAAACCGGGUCGGGUCGCACUGUGCUAAAUGAAAUCAUUGCAAAAAUGAAAAACUAGAACAUUUCUUUGUUUUUUAUUUUAGUUCUACAUUUUGGCUGUUUUGGCCAAGUGAUACGGGGUUUGUGAGUGUGGGUGGAUUGAAGUAUUUACACGACCAUGUCUGCGCAAAUGCAACAUACAUGGAUGUGCUCAAACCUCGUGUAUGAAUACCAGUUGAGUUUUUAUUUAUGGGCUGGGAGAGAGUGAAUUUAACUUUGUUGUUGUCGUGCGCUUCACAUGACGAAUUUCAUUGGGUGAAAUACUAGAUUUUAGUACUUUUAAAAAAAACAAACAUGCAAGACAUUCAAUCCAUGCUGCCUUAAGUUUACAUUGCUUUCCACUGCAAACGUUUUCGCCUUAAACCAAGUGCAAUGCAGUAUUUAGCUAAUUUCACCUGUCUUCUCCAGACCGUUGGUGCUGGCAUGUGUGGGUUUAGGACAGGAACCAUACCACAGAAGAAGACCCCGGGUCUAUAGUCUAUAGGCUUUAAUGUUCAAGUUGCAUUCACUUGACAAAUGUAUCGUCUAUUAAGUACAACAAGCAUUAAGUGUAGAUACUGUUACACAACCAAGCUAACUAGUUGCGUUUCAAGUGUAUUAUGCAACAGCAGAGAUGCUCUGUACUGAUGGACAUGCAGGGAACGUCAGCAAAGCCAACCCUUGUCAAUAGCACUCAACACAAUAAAGUGCAAUAACAACCUGAGCAAAAAGAACAAAUAAAGCACUCCUCAGUAUUCAGUUUAUAGGCAGUUGUAGCAUUCAACAUCUAAAAAAGUUUUCCUUUCUCUGAAUUGCUCCAUCUCAGGGCCCCCUUUUCACUUCCUUCCCUAUUCUUUUUUCAUCCAUUCUGUCUGGCCUACUAUUUCUUGCAACCAUGAGUAACUGGUUCCAUUACUCACAUUGAACAAUCAAUACUUUGAUUAAUAAGCAGUCACAGUAAAUAACUCUUAAUAACUGGAGAAUAAGAAUAUAUCCUUCUGUGGUGUUUGUCAUCUCCAGUUGUCUGACAAUCUUAUACACAUUGUAUUUAUUAUUGUUGCCUUCCUUUAAACCAAAAACACCCCUUUUCUUUCUUUCAUAUUUAAAUGAAAUUUUUGUCCUUCAUCCUCAUUCAUCUGUAAUCGUCAUCUACACCAGUAUUCUUCCUCCCCCCUUCUUUCUCUCUCUCUCUUUUUUUAAUCUGUCGAGGCUGAAAAGCAGAGCAGGAGGCAUGCAAGUUUGAUCCUGACUGCUCGGUUGGCAUAUAGAUGACCCACUUCUCUGCUUUGCCAGUUGUAGCUCUCGCUGCAGAAAUGCGGGGCUCGUUUCCCUUUAUUUCACCGCCAGCAAAUGUAAGACAACAAACACACAUAAACAAGCAUCUCGGGUCAGCUAAAUACCAACAUUAAACAAUAUAAAGCCCAUUUAACUGUUUAUCUUUGAGAAGGGCUUUAACUGCAACCUGAAAUCUCUCAUACUUUUAAAUCUGUUAAUGAGCUCUGUAAGAGUUUGUUCCAUUAAUGGCCAGUUUUUCACUUUCAGAUGCCUAGCAAGUUCACUGUGCCCAUCUAGUCCCUGUGUUUUGGCUCCAACCAAAGAAAUAAUUUGCAUGCCAGUCUGAUCUGCUCAUGUAUUUCACAAAGAUCAGUCUGCUGCUGCUGUUUCAAUGUAUUAGCAUCUCUCUACUAUUGAGUGCACAAAGCAUUCAUCCGUCAAACUUGGUUCAGGCCACAUUUCUUGGUGUUUUUUAGGAUCUUGUGUCCAUUCUGCCAUUACAAAACUAUGAAUUAUUUUUUGAUUUUAUUCAAAAGUUCUUUGAUGUUGCUGCUAUUUCUACCAAGCCUGUAAAGGAAUAGUUUGACAUUUUUGCUUUCUUGCCAAGAAUUAGACAAGAAGAUCGAUACCAUUCUCAGGUCUGUAUGCUAGCUUAGCUUAGCAAGACUGGAAGAAAGGGGAUACCGCUAGCCUGGCUCUGUCCAAAGGUAACAAAAUAUGCUUACCAGCACCUAUGAAGCUUACUAAUAAACACAUUUUAUCUCAUUUGUUUAAUACUUACAAAAAACAAGUUGGCCAAGUUGUGCCAUUUUACAGGCUGUGUUUCCUAUCUUUAUGCUAAAUUAAGCUAACCAUCUCCGGGCUGUAGCUUCCUAUUUAGCAUACAUAUUUGAGAGUGGUCUGAAUCUUCUCAUCUAACUCUUGGCAAGAAAGCAAGUAUUAUGUCUACAUAUUUCUUUAGCCAUGUGGCUUCCGGUGUAAAUCCAAAUGGCAUGGGAGUAGAAAGACAACCUUACAUGCUAUGUAGAAUUAGCUAGCUAAAGGCUAACGACAGAUAAUAUCUAGCUGAACCAGAGCUCACACACGGCUACAUCAGGCUCGGCCUCCGCCCCAGGCUGAGACGCAGGGUGUGGGUGGUGGAGGUAGAAGGAGAGGAGAAGUUAGGCUAAAGGGGGGACUGCUGUCAUAAUUAGAUCUGCAGUGACACACUUACAUGCCCUAAAUGGACUGAACUGUGCCAAGUAAUGCUAUGCAAGGCAAGGGCUGGCUGGACUCAUGGGUGAGGUUUACGUUAGGUUAGGUCAAAUCGCAAAGGUGAGGGUCAAAGUGUUUGUCUGAGGGGAGAUGUCCUAAAAUGUUCUUGUAGAUAGCCGAGUGGCAGUGAGGGAAUGAAUACGAACAUGACAACACAUUUAAUCCAUUUAGACAUUAAAGCCAUCUUAAAAUAACGUUGACAUUUGUCAACCACAACUUAGAUGUCAACCACAAGUUAUUUCAAUUUGCAGUUUGUUUUGAAGGCAGUAGAGAGGGCUGCAGCUCAUGUUAUGAACUCACUGACCUUUCUGACCGAAAGUAGUAUGGGGCCAUUUUUGUAUCGUGGACUGUCUUUCUUGUAAUAUCUUGCGAUGACCUAUGGACACUGGAGAGUACUCAAGCUGGACUACACGUAAUGUAAUUAAACCUUGACAUGCAGAGUGGCCCGCACUCACAACAUGUGUGUGUAUAUUCAUGUGAGCGUGUGUGUUAAAUCCUAUUUGAGGGAUUUAGGCAGUAUAAGGAGUUUCACUGAUGUGCUUCUGCUGUUGUUGAGUCAUGAUUCUUUCUCUCUGUCUCUCUCCUCUCACACACACAGUGCAGGGAAGGUAACGUCCUUGUCAUAAAAUAGGGGCAGAGCCUGCCCUCAAACACACACACACAGACACCCUGAGGGGAAAGGAGCAGGCCUGGCAUGGUAUCUGAUUGUCACAGCAGUGUCACAUUGGCAGUGUGAACUCAUUUAUCAGCUCUGCACGUGGACCGUCUAACACAUGCACAUGCUACAAAGCCAUAUGCACAAACACCAGUUUACUAAUAAACAGGAGGUGAUCUAUCUAUUGUUUGUGUUGUUAAACUACAGUGAGCAGAUUUUACUAUUUAAGUAUUGAGGGGACUGAGUAGGUGCAUGUCAACUAUCAACAGCAUUUCAUCUUAAAUUGUAGGACAAAGGGCACUAAUUGUCUUCUGUUUGUGUGUCUGAAUCUGAAAGAUGUGUAUUUUCUGUUCACAGAAGAACUUCAUAGAUGUUUUAUCUUCUUCUUUAACUAAGCCGCAGAAAAACAAAAUCACACAUUGUUCGUUUGCUGUAUGAAUGGCAAAAAGUGCCAAAAUUGGACGAAACUAUGCUGUAUGACGUAGUUAGUGACUCGCAGACGCAAACACCUCUUGGUAUUUAAUAAUACAUUUAAAUGCAUUUAGUGUAUUUGUAUUUCCAGAGAAACACGACAAACACAAAAUGUAGCCAUAAGGGAGACUCCUUGUAGUGUUUUCUGCUUGCAGGGCUGUGCCAAGUGAAUGAGGCCUCCUCUCCUAAACCCACAACAUUACAGGUCUUCCGAGGGCUGCUACCUUUGCUACCAAUGUUUAUGUUGUUAUUUAACCCCCAUGAAACAUCAGUGAAUCAUCUUCCCUUUGUUUAAACCAAUAAGUUCACACUCAGGACCACCUGCCUUCAUUUCCUUGGCUUUUACUUUUGGUUUUAUAUCAUGAAAAAGAAAAGUUAGUUAUUCUUGCUGUUCUCUUUCUUUCAGAAAUUAAAAUAACAGUCCCAUGGUUUAAAUACAACCCUAAAUGUAGCACAUACGAUAAUAUGAACAACUAUGUACGUUUCUCAUAAUGUUUGGUUUGUUGUCUGGAAAUACAGCACUGAAAUUGUUAACGCAGUUUGUGUUCUUUUGUUCAGCUUUUACUUUUACACCAAUACUUGAAAAUGGGUCAGUUCUGGCAAAUAUUUAAAACUGUGAAAAUGCACAACACUGGGAAAGCAACCCCUGAAAAAAGUAUUUUUCAUGAAUGAAUAAAAUAUACAAAUAUUA